AACGAGGUUGAUUUUCACUGCAAUUUUCUCCUCUUUUCUUUUUUUCUUUUUCAGAGAUAAACAGAGAAGCUGAGAUGGGGGAUUUGAGGAAGAAAACCGAAGUUAUGUUAGUGUUGAUGAUGGUAAUGGCGGCGAUGGCAGCAAUGGAUGGUGUAACGGCGGUGCUGCACCGUGUCGGAGAUAAGUACGGAUGGAACCCCAACGUUAACUACACCGAAUGGUCCGAUGCAGAGCAUUUCUACGUUGGCGAUUGGCUCCGUAAUUUCUCUAACUCUUUUAACUCUCUGAUUUAGAAAAUAAUCAUGUUUCCCUGCAUAUUAACAUAAUCAACUUUUUCUUCUUUUCUUUUUUUUCUGUUUUGGCCUUUCCUUCAUAGAUGAAAGUUGAAAAUAAUAUUAAAACAAAAUUUCUUAA